UCGAAUAGACUCCAAAAUCAAACCCAAAAAACAAUUCCCGCUCCAAUUUCAAAAUUGUACUCAGAGAGAGUUCCUUCUCCGGCAAGCUAACACCGCUUUCCCCAACGCUACAAGCUUUCUCAUCUCCGUCCUUCUCCGGCGAAAUUCUCGACGAUCUCUUUUCCCGGCGAAUCCGAGCUAUGCUGGCAUGGUAGAUAUAUCUUGAAGCAAUAAAAUUCAACCUUGCACUUUUGGAUAUAUCAAAUAAAGGAAGUUCUGAUCAAGCAAGGGAUGCUUCGUAAGGUUGUUUUUGAUAUGGCAGAGCACACACAACAGUCUCCCCAGACAGCAUAUCCUGCUAAUAUUGCUGAUGCAAAGUAUGUUUCUGGACUUAGUACCAUUCUUGUUGCUACUAUCCAAGAAGCAAAAGAUAGGAUUUCUCAGAUAGAGUAUAUAUUCUGCAGUCAACUCUUCCCAAACUACCAGUCUAAAUCUCAAAGUUUGCAGCUAAUAUAUUCCGAGGCAAGAAACGCUGCAGAGACUUCUUGGAAAGAAAAGGAAAAAGAUCUGUUGCUCCAGAUGGAAAAUAUGCAACUUGAAAAGCAGAAAAUUCUUCAAGAAAACCAGUCUCUUAAAUUGGAGAAAACAAAAUUGUUGGAUUCUGAAUUGUCCUCAGCUAAUCAUGUUAAGGAACUCCAAAAUGAGUUGAAACAGAGAACUAGUGAAAUAAACAAUUUAAGGGAAGCAAUCCAGAGAUCAUGUAUGCUUCUUGAAUCAAGAGCCCCACUCGUAUGCAAAUAUGAGAACCCACAGAGAGAACUUGAAGAUAGAGUUAUCCUCCUUAUGAAGAAACAACAGAGUUCAGAGCUUGAAGUUGGUAGGUUGCAGUUAGAACUCCAGAAUAAGUCGAUGGAAGUUGAUGGUGGACUAGAGUUACACAAUAAGCUUGUCCAGUUGGCUCAAUCAAAGACUUCUUCAGCAGCAUAUAAAGAAAAGCAACUAAAAGAAUAUGAACAAAAGAUGGACAAACUUCUUGCUGAGCUUGAAACAACACAAAGAAGAGUAGAUAAACUCAAAGAGGAACUUAAAGAUAAGACAGCUGCAGUAGAAAAAGGACUGGAGAUGCAAGAAAAUUUACUAAGCAAAGUUCAGUUGCUGGACGCAGAAAUUAUGAAGAAUGAGGAUUUGUUGAAUCAGUACAAGAAUGAGAAACAACUACUUAUGACCAAAGCAAAGAAUCUGGAGACUGAUGUUUAUGAUCUGCAGAAAGAACUCAUGAAUAAAAAGUCUGAAGCGGUGGAGAGAAGGAAGUUGCAUGAUCAGUUACUUCAACAGAUAGAUUUGUAUUCUUUAGAAAGGUCAAAGACAGGGCAGGAGUUGGAAGAGCUUGAGAAGGAGAAAAAAAAAUUACUAGCCAAAUUGAGAGACUCGGAGGAAGAGAUUGAUAAGCUUCAGGCAAAUCUGAGAGAGAGAAGCAAGGAUUCCUCUGAGGGGAUGGAAUUACAUGGUAAGUUACUCCAUCUGAUUCAAGCAAAAGAAUCUGAGUUGUUGGCUGAGAAGAAUAAAAGAAAGGAUAUGGUUACAUCUUAUAAAAGUCUGAAAUCACAGUACAACUUUCUAUGUGCAAGAUAUGGUCUUACUUCAGAGAACAUGCACCUACAAAGCAAAUUAUCAGAACAAAGUGCAUUACAGAAUGACCAGAGUCCUUUAACUUCACGUGAGGUCAAACAUAAAGUUCCCGAGGCUUCUGGUUUUGAACAAGAAGACAAACAUGAAGUACUGGACAAUGAUAAAGGAGUUAGCCUGAUCCCAAGAUCCAACUCUGUCUCACCUCCAAUUUCAAGUGCCCUUGUUGCACCUAAAAAUCCUGCCAAUGUCAAAUCUUGCCCACCAGCUGGUACCAAGCGUCCUGUUUCUUAUUGGAGGGAUACCAGGUCGCAUCAAAGUCGAGUUGGACCUGAUCCUCAUGAUGAUUUUCUUGAUACUCCUCUGGAGAAUGUCAGAGGAAACUUAGGAAAGGUGAUGAAGGAUGAAGUUCAGAAUCACCCGAAACCAAAUCCCAAAGACACAAAAAAUGAAAACUCAGAUGAUGAAACUCAGGACAUGAAUGUAGAUAAUGGGCCUAAAAAGCAGCAAAUGCUGCCUCCAACCAGGUCUGGUGCGACAGGCUUCAAAUACAUUGAACCUGUGAGAAAGAAAGCUGAACGAGAAAAUUUAAAAGGGGUCGAAUGCCAGCAAUGUAAAAAGUUUUAUGAUGCUGUUCUUCCUGGUGAAGAUAAGGACUCCAAUGGUAAUAGGCAAAACCUACGGUGUGAGCAUCAUGAUGGAGUUUCAAGGCAUCGAUACCGGUAUGCACCUCCUUUAACUCCUGAAGGAUUUUGGAAUAUUGGGUUUGAAUCUGAAAUGUGAGCUCCUUGGAGAGUUGUUUUCAGGCUCUCUACUGUAGAAUUGUGAACUAGUGAAACUCUUUCUGCAAUUCUGUUGUAACAAUAAUGACACUGAUGAAAGGCUAAUGCAAAACCUACAUCAGUUUCUAUUCUGAUAAGCUCUCUUCCCAGUUGUAAUUUGUUGGUAUGAUCCAAUUGUUUUUAGGCCCUUUAAAGUUCAAAUUAGAAAUUUGUGAACUAGUAAAACUCACGGUUCAUUCUGUUUUAAUGUUAAAGAGACUGAUGUAAAUCCAGUGCAAAAGCUGCAUUGUUUUCUAAUGAAAAUAAUGCUUUUUUCA